AUCAAAUCACAAUUUUCAUCUAGUCCGAGUUUUAUAUUCGACCAAUAUCUAGGCUCAUUUUAAUUGUCACAAAAUUCAAUAAAGAAAUAUUUUAACAAUAUUUUAACAUUCUGUUUUUAUUUCAACGAACUAAGCGAAGAAAAUGAGCCAAUCAAAUCCUAACACAUUGUAUGUAGAGAAGGAAUCGGACAAUAUUAUGUAUUCACGCAAUCCGAUAACUGGAACUGGGCUCAAUGGCGAUGGUGUCGGUGGGCUGAAGCCCAAGAUACCCAAGACUAGAGUGGGCAAUCCUGUGACGGGGGAAGGCUAUAGACCAGGACACACUGACGUUGAAGAUUUGCGCAAGGUUCAUCGGCGUCAAGCAACAUUCACAGAGAACCGUCCGUAGAGAGUUAUUGGAUUUAGCACUAUCCAUUAUUUUUUGCUAAUUCGUAGACUAGGCUUUUCCAACACGUGUUAAAAUUAUUAGUUUGCAUUUAAAGUAAUUGAUAGUUAAACAUGUUGCUGCCGCUCAUUAAAGUUAUGAGCCUAAGCAAA